GUUCAGCUCCAGCAUGGGGAGCUCUUGGAGCAACUGACGGACUGCAAGCAGAUGCUGGAGACGAAGACGAAGGAGGAUUCCGCAUCCUUGGCGAAGUGGCGCCUGCAGUACAUGAGCAAGCUGGACGCAAAAAUCCAAGCGCGUCGCGAGUGGAAGAAGCGACACGCCGCUGCAAGAGCGCCACCGAAGAUGAUUCUGGAGCCAGUGACGCUGGAACCAGUGACACAGAAGGUUGAGCCAUGA